GUUGCUGUUGCUGUUGCAGCUCGCCUGCCCUUCAAGCGCCUCAAUCCGGUGCCAAAGGAAAAAUAUGAGGUGGAUUCCGAGGUCAAGAAAGUCAAGAGCUCCCCGAGUGCUUUUGAUCCCAGCAAAGAUCCCGCCCUGGAUUCAUCCAGGGCGUCCCUGGACAACGUGGAGAACGACUGCCAGCUGGGCUCCGACGGGAAUUUCCCCCCCAAACUCGUCAAUGGCAAAGGUCCCUUAGACCACUUUAUCCAGAAAAACCCCGGAGGUGACACGAGUGACCCUGGGCUCGGCCCGGAGCUGCCCAAGGGCUCCGGCCACGGACUCGGCCAUGGCACAGCCCGGGGGGAUUCGGACUCUGGAGCUGCUUCACCCCCAGCUCGUGGCACGACAGGGCAAGAGGUGACCCAGCUGAGCUGCCCCAGCCUCCCUCAGAGCUCCCAGCCGGCGGAUUCCAGGGAGACCGGCGCAGCCCGCGGGGAGGAAGGGCUGGCAGGGCUGGGCUGCAAGGACCUGGCGGGCAGCAAGGGCGGCCAGAGCGAACUGAAGGACGUGCUCUUUGAGGGGAAGGUGCCCGUGGUGCUCCUGGAGGACAUCAUGGCCGGGAAAGCCCCCCAGGGGGCCUCUCCGGAUGGAAGCGCCACGUCGGGAAACGACACCGUGGAAUCCUCUCCCGAGGGAGACUCGGGACUCACCAACUCCUCGCUGAGCUCCGGGAGCUCCCCCGAGGUGCAGCUGGUGGCAGAAUCCAAGAGGAACACGAGUCCUUUGGCUGCCUCCACCCCCCUCAGGAAGGGGCCUCAGAAAUUGCACAGGAGUUCUGCAGAGAAGGAGAAGCUGAGGUUGCAAAGGGAUCAGGAGAGAGCAGACAAGCUCCAGAAGCUCCAGGCAGAGAGGGAGGAGAAGGGGAGGCUGAAGGAAGAGGCAAAAGCUGCGAAAGAACGAGCCAAGGAGGAGGCAAAGAAGAGGAAAGAGGAGGAGAAAGAGCUGAAGGAGAAGGAAAGGAGGGAAAAGAAAGAAAAAGAGGAGAAGGAGAAAGCAGAGAAGCUGAGGGUGAAGGAGGAGAAGCGCAAGGAGAGGCAGGAAGCGUUGGAGGCAAAACUCGAGGAGAAGAGGAAGAAAGAAGAGGAGAAACGGUUGAGAGAGGAGGAAAAGGUAAUUAACCUCCACCUCCCCCAGGUGGGAGCUGCACUUCCAACCCUUGCCAUUCCUCCCUUCCCAUUCCAGAUCCUCGCUGGCUCCUGUGGGAAGUUUGCUCCCUUUGAGAUCAAGGAGAACAUGGUUUUAGCUCCCCUCAGCCGCGUCCCUCCGGAUCCCGACUCCUUGGAGCAGCUGGAUAAGCUCCUUCCCGCCCAAAACGGGGAAGUUUCUUUCCUGAGGGACCUCAAAUGUCGGAAACCACGAAAAUCUGGCCCCACUUGGGUCCGGAACAGCAACGACACGGUGAACAGCGACGUGGUGGUGGUGGACAACUGCCAGAGGGACGGCGUUCCCGAGAGGGAGAAGUUUGGGAGGAUGAAGCUGCUGCAGUUCAGCGAGAACCACCGGCCUGCCUACUGGGGCACCUGGAACAAGAGCACCACCCUCAUCCGGGCCCGGAAUCCCUGGGCCAAGGACACUAAACUGCUGGAUUAUGAGGUGGAUAGCGAUGAGGAGUGGGAAGAGGAGGAGCCUGGAGAAAGUCUCUCCCACAGUGAAGAGGAUGACGAAGAGGAGGGAGAGGAUGAAGAUGAGGACGAUGGGUUUUUUGUACCCCAUGGGUACCUAUCUGAAGAUGAAGGUGUGACAGAAGAGUGUGACCCAGAGAACCAGAAGGUCCGUCAGAAGCUGAAGGCCAAGGAGUGGGAUGAGCUCAUUGCCAAGGGGAAGAGGUUCCACGUCCUCCAGCCUGUGAAAAUAGGCUGUGUGUGGGAAGGGGCAGAGCGGGACAGCAGCACUAACCCCGACCUCAAGGUUCUCCAGCAGUUCACAGCCUGUGUCCUGGACCCCCCUGUGGCAGAGGAAGAGCAGCAGAUCCAGAAAUGUAGCAAAAAAAGAGCCAGAGAUCAGCAAAUCCUGGGCCACCUCCUGCCGCUGCUGCACGGCAACGUCCACGGGAGCAAGGUGAUCAUCCAGGAGUUCCAGGAGUGCUGCCGGCAGGGACUGUUCCACGGCAUGACCGAGGGCACCCAGGGGAGCCCCCCCCGGCCCCAGACCCCCGCGGGGGGGGAGGACAUUGGGGUCCCCUCCAAGGCCAGGCUAAAGAGGAUCAUCUCGGAGAGCUCCGUGUACGAGAAGAGGCCCGAGCACAGGAUGUGCUGGUACGUGCACGGGGACGUGCUCAGGAGCUUCCAGCAGGAGCAGCUGCCCGUGCCCUGCCAGUGGAACUACGUCACCCAGGUGCCCUCCUCCUCCUCCUCCUCCUCCUCCUGCGGGAUUCCCGCCGGGAAGGAGGAGGGUGGCCCCGCGCCGGGCGCGGCCGUCCCACAAAGCACCCCCGUGCCCGCCAAGAGGAGGGUGCUGGGCAGCAUGAACAUCACCAGGUUCAUGAAGAGACCACGGGAGGCCGGGCAGGCUGAAGCUGUGGAGCUGGAUGGAUUCCAGGCAGACACCGAGGAAGAUGAGGAAGAUGAUGACUGCAUGAUUGUGGAUGUACAGCCAGCAAAAGACUCUCCAGCUUCAGAAUGCAGUGGUACAAGAGCUGCUCACCAGGACACCAGCAGGGUCAGCCCAUCUAAUACAAUUUGAGACUUAAAACCGCCUACUAACUCCUCUGUAUGUAUGUAGAACGGAUUAGAAAACUUUAAAAACCCUGUGUAUCUUCGCCCAAGAUACUUGAAAGUAUUCCACAUUUCUUGUAAAGAGAAGACAGCACUUUGUUCUGCUUCAGCCCAGAUGGAAGCUUAAAUUUUUAUUUUUUUUUUUUUUUUAGUUCUAGCUUUUUUUAGCCCGGUUCUUUUUUUAAAAAAAAAAAACCAACAACAACAAACUGCAUAUUAAUCUGUCCUUAAUAAAGCAUUAUUGAAAUUUUGAUACUCCUUUGUAAUGGAAGGUAUCUUAAAUUAUCUCUGGAAGUAGCUGAGGGAUUUUUGGGAUAAGCUUAUUGUGAUGCCACUGGGGGAAUGAUGACUGUUCAUAAUGUUGUACAGCGUGGCCUUGGGUAUAAAUGAUGUACAAUUAUAUAUGAAUUUAUGCUCUUG